UGUAAAAAAGAUUGGACACCCCAGACCUAAAACAACUAAGGGUCUAUCAAUUAGGCAAAAGAAGAAUGGGGCUUAACACCUCGUAAACAAUAUUUCAGUACAUUUCGAAGCACACAAUACACGCAUGGUGCAAUUAUCUUGGCCAAUUCACAUGUAUUCAACAACAUACUGAGUUACAAACAUGGCUUCCGACUUGGCAAGGCAGACAUCAGGGCACCACAAAGGUGCCAAAUUAUAUUGGGGGCAUGUUCAUGCUUGAGUCACCAAGUGCAGGAACAUUGGCAGGACUACAGGAGGACCAGGGGCAACACCAUGGAGUAGGAAUGCCUGGCCAUUCGAAAUAAAAAGGUUUGGGAGCAAAUAGAGGUCGGUGCCGUCGUCAUGUGGCCAAGUCUGGCAACAACCAGGCAGCCAUCUUACAGGGCUUGAGCUGAGAGAACAUGCGCAAAGGCAGCCCAGAUUCCGCAUAAUGGACGCCGAAAUGGAGGCCCCGUAGAACCGAAGGCGGGACCAAGGUGCUUUUACUUUCGUCUGAUUGGUUUAGGUGGUCGUGUCGCCGAAUAUCCCGGGCUUCUGCACAUUGUUUGGGGAUGAGUAGUGCGGACGGGACUCGCGGAAAAUGAUUAAUUGUUCUGUUAUUUUAAUAUCUCGCGCUCAACUCCAUUGACUUGACUUUUGAAGACCUGGACUUGCUUCGGUGCUGCUCGGCGACUCUUCAGCUCGCUCUGGUAGGACAGGAGCGAAGGAAACGACACCUUUCCUCCGGAACGACGGGAGGACUACUAGACUCCACAUCACAAGUUAUCAGGUUGACCCAGCUGAAGUGGAUGGUGAAUUUCUAGCUGUAUAAAGCAUGUUCAUUCUAAUGGUGUUUUACAACCCUUCCACUGAUGUGCUCUGGAUGAAGUUCAAGAACCACCUAACCGAGGAUGCAACACAAUGACUUGUGUACAGAAAUCAAAGAUUCUCAGUUUAAACUAGCCGAAAUAGCUAUUUGGACAUAUGGAUCAGUUAACUGAAGAUGACUGUUCAAGUAUGAUGGAUUCUGUAGAAGUACCUACAUCAGAAUUGAACUGUGUGAACUCUGUGGCAAAUGUGCCAGACACAAAAGACACAGUUCAUGAAACGCCGCACGUCGCUAUUUGCGCUGUAACAGAUCAGUGUAUGGGUGUGUGUUCAGAGCAAAUUACCUUUUCAGAAAAUGAUCCACCUAUGUUUGAUAAACCCUUACAUGGAUCAGAGCAAGAUCCUGCUUUGUUGACCGUGAAUAGACUUGAGGAUUACUCGGAUGUUAGCAGCUGUUCUGAAACAGAUUUUGGACAAACUUCUGACCUCUUGGAGAAAGGCCCUGAGCAGUCAUCCGAGUGCCAGGAUAACGCGAGUUCUAGGGAUGAAACUAAAUUGGAAGAAGAUGCUGGAAAACCUAAUACAUCUACAUCAUACAAUCAAGCCACGCAGGAGGAAGAUUAUGUCUGUCGAGCAUCUAAUACAGAGGGUGACGAGCAUGGUGGUGGUUUUAAUGUGAAAGAUGGUGAAAAUGUUAAGGAAAGGUCUUUAACUCUUACUACUGCGGAAGGUGAUGGUGGAUGCCCUUUGAAAUCUGAGGAGCAAGUGAAAGAAGGAAUCCUUAUCCAAAAUACAGACUGUAGAGUUACUGAAAAAAGCGAGAGUGGCAAAGACAACGCAAUAACUCCAAAUUCAGUUUGGGACUUGGAUUUAAAGGGCCCAAAGCAGGGUAUAAAAGACAAUGAGAAGAAUGUCAAUAGCACUGGAAAUGUUGAUGUACAAAAUGAACCUCACGUAGAAGCGAAAAACGAUGCUUGUGACACCGAAAGUAAAUCUUCAGAAUAUGGAUUUAAGCAUGACGUUGAAAAUGCUGCUCCUGAUAAUGAGCCAAAAAAUGAUGAGACGAGUCAAUCGGUCGAACACAGCAGUUUUGAGUUCUUGCAGUCAUGUUUGAACAGCCUGGACCACACAAAAUUACACCAAGAUGCUGCAAACAAUUCAACGUCCGCCAGUAUGACUUCCCAGAACUGUAAUGUUGAUCAUUCACAACCUGCUGUUCUUGCUACUCCUGCACUUGAAUCUCUACCCACAGAUCAGUUAAAAGCCGCAACAGAUAAUUGUCUGCAGGAACCUUGCGGAACAAGUAUUGACAGGAGCACUUUGGUGUCUCCGGAACCGGGACAGCAAAAUGACUCUCUAGAAGAGCAAGUCUUUGACGGAUUAGCAUCAACUGAAGGUACAUAUGACAACGGAAUUAAAACCAGUCCUUCCUUGUUGUCAUCCAAGAAGUUGAUGAAAAAUUUGCAGCCCGUUGUGCUUUUGAACACAACUAAAAGUUAUGCUGAAGAUGGAAACCUAUAUGGUUGUUCUAUAUGCCUAAAGAGCACACAGAGUUUAGAUGAUCUUAUUGAGCACCACCAUUGCAAACAUUCUAAGCAUAGCUUUCAGUACUGCCUAACCUGUGAAGCCUAUUUCUGUAAUGAAACAUUGGCAACUGGACAUUCAUGUGAGCAAAUUGGGCCAAAAGACAUGCUGCUGGCUGGUGUAAUUUUGUCAACUAAUAAGCAAACGACUGAAGAGAAUACAAAAUACCUAUGUAGGUACUGCCUAAAACCAUUCAUUAAAAUCUUCUUCCUUCAGAAUCAUGAGGAAAGGCAUACAAGCGUAACAGACUAUAGGUGUAAUUGUUGUGGCUUAUACUUUCCUACUUAUAAAAAACUUAUUUCUCACAGGGGAAGAGUCAGAUGCAAUCCUUUGGUACUAGAACCCGAUGAACAGAGCAAAACGUAUUCAGAAAGAGAGCCAAAUCCAGCAAAGCCACCCACUACCCUUGGAGGUGAUGGUUCUCACAAGCUUCACAAUUGUUUUGUGAAACUCGUGGAUAUAAAAGAGACAACACAGUGUCCCCAAAAUGUAAACUGCCCUGUUUGUGGAAAAGGGUUUAAACUCCGAGCACAACUUAAACUACACCUCAGAUCGCACACGGAUGCAAAGCCUUUUAAGUGUAACCAAUGCAAUCAGGCUUUUAAAUAUUCCUGGAAUCUUGAAAAACAUAAAGAGCUAUGUUCUGGAAAUAUCACCAAGCAACACCUUUCCAAACCAUCUUUUGAAUAUAAACUUUUCAGCAGGUAUCCUUGCCCCACUUGUCCGCAGACUUUUAAAUAUUCCUACAACCGCACACGUCACAUGCGGGAACGGUGUUUAAAAGCAUACUUGCAAAUGCAGAAAGGAAAAGUGGGAAACAGGCAUAAAUGCCCAUUAUGCAGUGAAACAUUUGGAAUGGCUUGUACUUUGAACAGACACAUUAAAAACACUUGCUUUGAGCAAUAUAAAUUGCAGAGAAAUACAAUCAAAGACACACUGGUCAUGCAAAAUAUCAAAGUAAAAAAAGAGGAAAAGCCAGUGCUGCCAACUGAGAAGUCAUGUUACAAGUGUAAAAUAUGUCCAGCUUCGUAUUUGCAUAAAUCCGGAGUCUAUCGACACAUGAGGAAACAUUCAUUUUUUGAGCGUUCUUCAGUACAAGGGGUCAAGUCUGAAAAAACUGCUGCUGAUGAAGUAACAGUCUCUAAUAAUAAAAAACCCCAAAGCCAAGAACCUUUAAGCCAAAAGUCACCUGAUAUGGUUACUAGUGACUCAUUCCUUUGCCAUUUUUGUGAUAAAUGUUUCAGUUCAGAUGACUUGUUGAGCAAACAUCUGCAGCAACAUGGGGGGGCGAAACCCUUUGUUUGUUUGGAAUGUGGAAAAAUCUUUGCAAGGCGUGGACACUUGAUAUCUCACAGAAAUAUUCACAGGCGAAGAGUACAGUGUUCUGUCUGCAAAAAAAUUGUGCCCACCAUUGGAGAUUUGUUGAAACACAGACAGUCUCACACAAAGAAGGGUAUCCUUCAAUGCCCUGAUUGCCCAAUGCAGUUCAGGUUUCCUGUGUACUUUCUCCGACAUGUUGCAACUCAUGCAAAGAAAGAACCUUUGCCAAUAUCACCUGCUCCGCCUGCUGAUAUUCCACUCAAAGAGGCUGCUGAUAAAAAAGUGACAUUUAAUGGGUCUUUUUGUUGUGGCAUAUGCAGAAAGACAUUUGUUGAUUCCAAAACAAUGAGCCAGCACUGUUUAAUUCACAUUCCGAAACCGACGGAUUCAAAAUGUCCAGUUUGUAGGCAUAGUUUCACGACCCGAAUUGGUUUGAUUCGACAUAUUCGGCUACAUACCGGUGAAAGACCGUUUGCCUGCAAUAUCUGUGGAAUUACUUUUCACCGGAAGGAACGCCUUAAGCUUCACCAAGAGAAAUGCAAAGGAUUAGAGGAAGUGGAACUUGCUCAGACACCAACCUUAGCUGAAACACGCGGGAAAUGUGAAGUAAAAGCUGCAUCAAAUCCCAGAAGAGUUCGCCAAAUUGAGUGCUCGUACUGCCCACGCACAUUUUCCAAGUCAAGUUAUUUGAAAUUGCAUGUCAAGGCUCAUUUGGCUAACAGCCUUGAAAAGUGUAAAAAGUGCGGAAAAUGUUACAAAAGGAGUAAAAUCUCUGAACAUCGCAAUGUCUGCAAUACCAAGGAGGAGUCCUAUGGGGAGCCAUCAAAAAGUGAAGAAUCUGGGAAUGCAUGUAAGGAUGAAUGCAAAGGUACCAAUGUAGUUGUUGCUAACAGAGCAUGCCGAAUAUUAAAGGAAACUGGGUCAAAUGUCAAGGACAGUCUUAAGGAACGAUGCCCACAUUGUUCCAUGCGCUUCCAGUACAGAUCUUACUUAUUAAGACACAUUUCUACUCACUUGGUGAAAAAACAGUUUGCUUGUAAGAAUUGCGGUCAGAAAUAUGCUAAUCGGAGCACAUGUCAGCAGCACGAAGCCGAAUGUCAUGGUGUGCUGAGGCAACAUGAAACAAAUCAACCAAAUGAAUCUGAAGGAGCCCAAACAAUACCAAACAGUGCAGCUAGUAACAAGAAACACACAGUAAUCAUCGGAGAAAAUGGUGAUCAGUUAAAGUGCAGUUUUUGCACAAAAACCUUUACAAAACCUAGAAAUCUCAGACGACACAUUCUUACCCACACAGACGUUAAGCCGUAUAGUUGCAAAACAUGUCCAAGUUGUUUUUCUCGACACGAUCAUCUGAAACGUCACCAGGCACGAUGUAGAGGCAAAAAGCAACUUGAGGUGCAGCUUAAGCGGAUUGCUCUUGACCAAGUUGGCUCCAAAGACCACCCACAGCCACAAUGUGAUUCGCUUGACCGUAAUACUCUUUCUGAGACGUUUUCUGCCACAAGCAACUUGUCAAGUCCCAUUUCCAUGCCACCCUCUACUGUUAAACCAUUUUCCUGUAAAGCAUGCGGGAACAGCUAUACCACUAGGGACAGUCUGAAGAGACACCAUCUCAGGGGAAGCUGCAAGAUGCCCUCUACAGUGUGCCUGGAGGAAAUGCAAAUGCCAACAGAGUUUAAAACUUCAGUACAGGCUUGUGGAGAAUCCUCCAAACUAUUGCAAUAUAACGAGGGGAACUACUCUAAUAAGUGGAAGUUCUCUUGUGAGUAUUGUCCCCGCCGCUUUAAAAACCCAUCGGAAUUAACACUGCAUACUCGUCUUCAUACAGGGGAAAGGCCAUUUGUGUGUGGCAAAUGCGAUGAGGGUUUCAUCAGAAAAGACUACUUAAAACGGCACUUAACAAAAUGCAGUGGGAAAAGAGGUCCCAAAGUGCUUUGUGACAGAUGUGGUGGGUUGUUCACUCAGGAAGCUCUUGAAGUUCAUCAAAACAACUGUAUCAUCAGCUUAAAAUCCACUGACUGCCCUGGACCUGCAGACAGUAUUUCCAGUUCUUCAAAGGUCAAGGCAUUUUCCUGUGUCCACUGCGAUAAUCGCUUUUUGUUGUUCUCCCAGCUUCAGCAGCAUGUUUUAACAAAUCACAGAUCUGUUCGGCAACAGCAGUCAAAUACCCCCAAGUAUGAAUCGUUGAAUAAUAUGCAAAUUAAGGAGGAACCAGUGGAUGACCAGUAUGAUGAGAGCAGUCAUCAAAAAAAUGCGAACAAUGAGCACAAAAAUGUCGAAAGGCCGAAACCUUUUAAGUGUGAGCAGUGCAACACUAGAUUUAUAACCAACAGCGGGCUUGCAAUGCAUUUGCGCACUCAUACAGCAUCGUAUACUCUUUAUUGCAAAAAAUGCAACAAGGGAUUCUGGAACAAAGCUGGUCAACAAAAGCACACAAGAAGGUGUAAGGGUUUGGAAGUCACUACAAAGGAACCUAACCAGAAAGGAGCCAUUCCAUCAGAAAGUACAAAUGACGACAUCCUAGUCUUUCGUAAUAAAGACUCCAACGCAACAGGAACUGGUGUACUACAGACAAAGUUUUCAUGCAAAGACCAGGAUAAAGGACCUGUAGUUCACAAAUAUCAGUGCUCUGAAUGUGAAGAAAGUUUUACAGAUGGGCUCAUGCUUAUAAGUCACCUUGAGGCUCAUGGACGUGAAGACCAGGAGCGCAUAUCAUUUAAAAGCCACCGCUGUUACAUUUGUAGUAGGAGUUUUAAACAAUCAUACAUGCUGAAAAUGCAUUUAAAAACCCAUCACCAGGAAGCUGUUAGGAACACCUGCCCUGAAUGCUUUAAAAGCUUCCGCUGUCUCUCUGAUUUGGACAUACACAGAUCAUGUCAUGACCCUAAUCGGCCAUUUGUUUGUAAAAUAUGCGAGUUAAGGUUUUGGACUCCCAAAUCCUUGAAUGCUCACCAAAGGUUGUCUCAUUCCUCUGUUGAACCGCGCAAAACAAUUGUGCCUUGUCUGAAAACUGAUCAGGUGUCUCCUAAAGUAUAUACUUGCCAACCCUGCAAUAAGAUUUACACUAUAAGAAGGUCGUAUAUGAAGCACAUUAGGGCAAAGCACAAUGGGAGUGCAAAAAGUCUUGAUGACCUUAAGAGUGCUCCUACUGAACAUCAGUUGAGCAACAAUGAAUCCAGCAGAAGUAAUGCAGAUGAUAAAGCAGUCGGUGAGGACGAUCGCGGUGAGGACGAUCACGGUGAGGAUGAUGACGAUGAGGAUGAUGGCGAUGCCCCUUAUUUUCCUUGUCAUGUCUGUGGUAAAACAUUCCUGACAUCAGAAAAUCUCGAGGACCAUCAAAGAUGCCAUCUUGGUGAAAAGCCCUAUGAAUGUGAAGAAUGUGGCAAAUGCUUUAUACAGCUUGUAAAUCUGCAGCAGCAUCAGCGUAGUCAUAAGUCUGAAUUUCAGUGUCAAAUGUGUGGUAAAGGUUUUGUUUCUCUCUUUGCAUUGCGUAAGCAUAAGCACACUCAUGUCGGAAAACAUCCCCAUCGCUGUACAAAAUGUCAGUUGAGUUUCACGCGGUCUUCAAAACUGAGAGAACAUAUGACCACCCAUCGGGAGGAAAAUUUCCCAUGUGAUCUCUGCCACGAAAACUUUUCCUGCAAGUCAAGCCGAGCAGAGCACCGGAAAAUCCACACUGAGGGAGAGGACGAGCUCCCUCCUUUAAUUCCACCGGCAAAGCAGGCCUCAUCCCCACCAGUCUCGGUCAGCCCUUCCUUAAGUACCGCUCAGCAAUACAGGUAUCGCUGUGAAAUUUGUCAAGUGCGCUUUCCAGAUCCUGAGCAGCUCUCGGAGCAUGGCUGCAAUCCAGCGAAAGAGCGCCCGUACUCCUGUAAAGACUGUAAUCAGCAUUUCCUGCAUGGUUCUCACCUUAAAAAACAUCAGCUUACUCAUCAGUUAUCUGGAUCACGGUCCUUUCAGUGUAAUAGUUGUCACAUGAGCUUUAGACACCGCCAUCAUUUCUUGACCCAUUUGCAAACACACGGUGGUGAAAACUCCUCCAAAACGCCGACUGAUAAAGUAAAGAAAUUGAACACUGAUGAUUCAAAUCAGGACAAAAUUUACAGAUGCCCUAUUUGCCCUGAGAGUUUCUCUGAAGUGUUAGAGCUGGCAAACCACCUUUCUGUUCACGCUUAUGUGUGCAUUGCUUGUAACGAGACAUUCUCAACCAAGCAACAACUUGAGAAACAUCAACAGUGCCAUUUGUCCGCAGCUACACACUACGAGUGUACUGAAUGUGGAAAAAGCUUCCUUGGAAGCGAAGCCUUUCGCCAACAUUACUGCGUUCACCAAGAGCAUCGUUCUAAGAGGAGACGUUUGGAGAAUUCUUCUGACGUACUCGCUAAUAUUAACGCGGAGGAGGAGGAGGAGGUUGAUGUUGGAGAAGACUUCUAUAACUGCACUACCUGUAACAAGCGGUUUCCCUCCAACCUAAGUUUACAGGAGCACCAAAAGUUGCAUGCAAUUGGUCGUCCGUUCAAGUGUUCGAUUUGUGGAAAGAGCUUUGCCCAAAAGCGAUAUCUUGCACAGCAUCAGCGAGUACACAACGAUCACGUGUAUCAAUGUGACCUGUGCUCCAGUUCUUUCAAAACGGAACAAUUACUUUUGUCUCACCGUAAGAGCCACAUGGCCCUUCCUAAAUACCAUUGCUCAGUUUGUAGCCAAUCGUUUAAAACCCCAUAUGAUCUCUCGAAGCAUGAACAGAAACAUCCUGAAUUGCAAACCUUUAGUGAAGUAAGUGGUGAUCACAGAUGUGAUAUGUGCUAUAAAUCGUUUAGCCUGCUUUCUCAGCUCAGACAGCACCAGGAAACCCACGUAGGACAAGUUGUCUACGAGUGUACAGAGUGCGAUAAGGCAUUCGCCUUUCCACAUCUUUUAGAAGAACAUCAGCAAACUCAUGGGACGUCGUCCGAUUCCUACCAAUCCCAGUCACCAUCGGACAUUCUCUUUCAAAGCCCAGUUAUGGAGUAGAGUAUAUUGUAGAGUAUUUCCUGCAAUGCAGGUGGUUCUUGGUCAUUCAAUUUUCUGGAAACGUUAAAUUGUAUAGUUUCUUGACUCACGUUGUGGGUUCACACUUUUCCAUUUUUUUUAGUUGUAUGCUUGUUUUCCUAGGUUUCUCAUUUCAUUGCUCUCUGAUGUGUACAUAGAUAAGAGAGAUUAUUGUUUUUACUACUGCAUUUCAGAGGACUAUGUACUGAAUUUCUAGUGUUUAUAGAAAACUUCAGAUAAAUGUAAGAUAUGAUUGAAAAACUAAAACUUGUUUGGUAAAAAUGUGCAUGCCCAGAACAAUUUACAUAUCACCACACACAUAAUUGGCUUUAAUUAUUUUAUUUUAAUUAAGUAGACACUUAAAUAGUUAACUGUCAUUUGCAGACUCAAUAUUUACUUUUUUAAAAUGUCAAAUUUCUCAUGUCCUUGGAUUUACAUGUCUAAUACACGAUUGUUAGGGUUGUUCAAGUUAUGUAUAUCUUUGUUAAAAUGUGAUUUUUGAUAUUUACUGGUUUCUUCUAAAAUAUUCUGGAAUAUUUUAUUCUGUUUUGUUGCUAAUUUGUUUCAUUUUCUUUCAUAAGGGGUGGUUGACCACCUACCAAGCACUCAAUGAUUAGGUGUAAUAACCUAACUUUGCAAGUGACUGUAUAUAUCUAUAUAUACACCUGUGUAUUCGUACGUAACUUUUUUUAAAACAUUUUUUAAAGACCGUUAUGGUGUGUUCAAUUUUCCAACAUGAACAAUAAAGCCAUUUGAAUAUA